UGGAUCUGGGCAUAUUUUUCGAAAAUACCGCCGAAGAAAUGAUUCUUUUGAUUAGUUUGUUUCUUUUAUUGUUUAACUUCUAUUUUACUUAGAGGAGACAGGUUAAAAAAGAACACGUCUGGUCGUGGCGCAACCCGGUAACGAAGUGCUUUUUAUUUGACUUAGUUUCCUAAGAUCAUGUGAUCCAAAAGUACAGCAUAGUAUAAAACUAAAAUAUAAAGCCAUCACGGUAUAUAGGAUUGAUACAAUAAGAUCAUGUGACAUCCCCCUUUUUACAAUAAAAUGUUAAAAGUUUAACUUUCGAAUUUGCUGUUUUUUCUCAUCAGUAAUAUUAAGGGAAAGCUGAACAGUACAAAUUUGUGACUCAAUAUCAAAAUCAACACUUUCAUUAAAGUUAGUUUUUGAAUUGAAAGGUCGACUCAAAGUGUCUGCCACAAUGAGUUUUUUGCCUAGUUUAUAAAUAAGGUCAAAAUCAUAUUUUUUUAACUGCAUGAGCAUUCUUUGUAAUCUUGGUGGCGUAAGAUACAAAGGUUUUUUAAUAAUUGAAAUUAAAGGCUAUGGUCUGUUUCAAUUAUGAACUUUUUGCCAAAAAACAUACUGAUAAAAACUUGUAGCACCAAACCAACAAGCUACUAAUUCUUUUUCAAUUUGUGAGUAACGUGGCUGAGUUUCUGUCAAUGCAUGAGCACAUGGUCUCCCAUUUUGCAUCAAAACGGCCACCAUUCCACUCUGAGAAGCAUCCACAGAAAUAGUCGUAAGUGGGUUAGUGUCAAAAAAUUGCAGAAAAGGUGUUUUUGUCAAAGUUGACUUUAAGUUUUGAAAUGCUCUCUCAUGUUCAUCCGACCAUCGAAAAGUUACAUGUUGUUUUUUCAGUAAAGAACGCAAAAUUGAGUUUUUUUCAGACAAACCAUCUACAAAGUGAGCUAUAUAUGUGACCAUGCCCAAAAAACUCGGUAGAUAAUUAGAAUUACUUAAAAUGACUUUACAAAAUAGCCGUCACCUGAUUUGUUCGCCAUUAAACGUUUUUUAAAUGAAAAAAUUCAGUUUCGAGCAAAUUCGAUGAAGAUAAUUAUUUUAAAUAUUGAAAUUAAUGACUGCAGUAUUAUAAAAUCCUUGUUGUACUAUGUAGUUCUAGAAUUAUACAUUUGAAAAAAAUGUUUUCAUAAUAAUCCAAGACGUAAAAAUGCUUUUAAAAUAUUUCAUAGCCAUUUAGGUGCUAUAUAUAGCCUUCCUUAUAGGCAUAAGGUGCUAUUAUUUAAUGUUAUAGGGGAUGUAAAUUGUGUGCAGGUGAUGGGCUUCAGGCAGCUGACUAAACAUCGAUCUUCACACAUUUUAACGGGAUGCGGGAAUAUUUCGUAUGUCCUAACUUCAAAAGUGCCAGUGUUAAGGGUAACAUAAUAGCAGUAUUUGUCAAAAUAUGCCCGGAUCCCGUUUAAGCUUAUGAAGAACGCUGUUUUGAAAGAAAAUAGCGCAAAUGCUUGUAAUACCGUUCGCCGUCAGCUGACUGAAGUGCAUCAACUCCACACAAAUUACAGCCCAUAUAACAUUAAAUUAUAGCAAUAUAUGGGUAUAGCCCUUGUAUACAAAAGUGACUCUGUUUUUUGUAAACCAAACAUUUACUCCGGCGUAGAUUGCGCAUGGCUGAAUUAUUUAACCUACGCUACACUACGCGAUAACAGUCUACUUUGAAAGAAAAAGACAGAUUUCAACAAUGGCAAAUAUUAAGAUAGACCUCGUGCUCUUUGGGGCCACCGGUUUCACCGGUCUCCAUUGUAUACCGUAUUUGCACAAACUUACGAAAGAAAAUGGUUGGAACUGGACGUGGGCGGUAGCGGGUAGAUCCAAAUGCAAAUUGAAACAAAUCUUGAAAGAUGUGGGCAACAAAAUCGAGAUCGACCUAAGCUCCGUCCCCGUGUUCGUCGCGGAAAUAAACGAUUACGAUUCUUUACUGAAGAUGGCGCAAAAAGCCAAGGUGAUUAUCAAUUGUUGCGGCCCUUUCAGCCUUUUCGGUGAGGGAGUUGUGAAGGCCUGUAUAGAAGGCGGGGCUCACUAUGUCGAUGUAACCGGCGAAAUUGAAUUUAUGGCGAAGAUACGGUCGAAGUAUCACGACGAAGCGAAGAAGAAAGGUAUAUACGUGGUUAACGCGUGCGGUCUCAGUUGCAUACCCUCAGACUUGGGGGUCGUUUAUUUGGCGCAACAGUUCGAGGGCACUCUAAAUUCCGUGGAAAUGUACAUCGAGGCAUGGACCGAGUGUCCGACCAAAGGUUCCAUACUCAAUUAUGGGACUUGGCAUACCAUGGUCGAAAGUUGGUCCAACAUCUGUAAAUGGAAAGAAAUCCGCUCGAUAUUGUUCGCUAAAACAAACGAAUGCGAACCCCGACUGGCCUUGAAGAAACUGCCGCACAAACCAAAGCACCGCAACCUUGGCGGAUGGGCUAUACCUUUCGCUGGCCCGGACUCUGCGGUGAUCCGUCACACCCAGACUUAUCUCUAUGAGGAGAAACACCGGCGUCCCGUUCAGGCGACAGUUUACUUCCUGUUACCCGACUUUCCAGCAGUAGUUAUGAUGACACUGUUCUGCAUCAUUUUCACCUUGCUGUGUCUUUUUGAAUACGGGCGGCGACUGCUCAAGGCCUACCCCGAGUUUUUCAGCUUUGGCAUGUAUUCCAAGACGCCACCGUCGGAGGAGACGAUCGACAACUCCAGGGUCCAAAUUAUUAUGUACGGAGAGGGUUGGAAAGAAAAAUUCGCCGACAAAAACCAUCGAUAUACCACCCCCGUCGACAAACUAAUCGUCGGAAUCGUUAAAAGUCGAAAUCCCGCAUACGGGGCCAGCUGUACCGCUCUGAUAUUGUCGGCUAUUACCAUCUUGACGGAUACCGACAAACUCGCUGGCAACGGGAAGGGUGGUAUUUAUUCACCGGCCGCGACGUUUCUUGAAACCUCCCUGAUCAAGCGGAUCAACGAGAGAAACAUAACAUUUGAGGUUACCAAGCGUCAAGAGAUUGCAAUGUAAUGUUCCAUCGGUCGUCGUAAGAUGGCGCUAGAAUUGGUUUUCCUCCAUCGAUAAUUCGUUAAUUAAUGUACCACUUGUUGUAUUUCAUCAAUAAAAUAUUUUUUUAUUGGGAUAA